AUGGUGCACCAGCACAGCCCCAUGGCUUCGCUGAUUACUGCUGAAGAUGUUGUACCAACCGUUGGUCAGUUUCAACCCAGCAGGGAAGGUUUUGUACAUCAUAAGACCCUACGCUACUGUGGGACCCUACUGCACCCUAAGAUCCUACUGCACCCUAAGAUCCUACUGCACCCUAAGACCCUACUGCACCCUAAGAUCCUACUGCACCCUAAGACCCUACUGCACCCUAAGAUCCUACUGCACCCUAAGAUCCUACUGCACCCUAAGAUCCUACUGCACCCUAAGACUCUACUGCACCCUAAGAUCCUACUGCACCCUAAGACCCUACUGCACCCUAAGACCCUACUGCACCCUAAGAUCCUACUGCACCCUAAGAUCCUACUGCACCCUAAGACCCUACUGCACCCUAAGAUCCUACUGCACCCUAAGAUCCUACUGCACCCUAAGAUCCUACUGCACCCUAAGACUCUACUGCACCCUAAGGUCCUACUGCACCCUAAGGUCCUACUGCACCCUAAGAUCCUACUGCACCCUAAGAUCCUACUGCACCCUAAGACCCUACUGCACCCUAAGACCCUACUGCACCCUAAGGUCCUACUGCACCCUAAGACCCUACUGCACCCUAAGAUCCUACUGCACCCUAAGAUCCUACUGCACCCUAAGACUCUACUGCACCCUAAGGUCCUACUGCACCCUAAGAUCCUACUGCACCCUAAGAUCCUACUGCACCCUAAGACCCUACUGCACCCUAAGACCCUACUGCACCCUAAGGUCCUACUGCACCCUAAGAUCCUACUGCACCCUAAGAUCCUACUGCACCCUAAGGUCCUACUGCACCCUAAGACCCUACUGCACCCUAAGGUCCUUGUACAGUUUAUGCAUGAUGCUUCCAGUUGAUGGCAAACAGAAACAUCACAGAACUCUUAAGAACCUAUUUAGACAAUUUAUCAGCAAAAAGUUGAUUUGGGGUUUAGUUGUACUUUAAAAACCAAACGCCCCCUGGUGGAUAGUCCCUGACAGACGGUCAGGACAUGAAAUGGCAAAAGGACAAAGUGGUCAACAUGCCUUCAGACCUUUCUGGGAAAAGAUUGACUUGUGAACAUCUCUGUAAUAAGAUUGAACUAUUCUAUAACUAUUUAUCUGUAUUAUUCAUUAAAACAGACAACUACAAAGAAAAAUACACUGAUAUGCAUUGGUUAAGUAAAUGGAACCAAACUGAAUUGCUUACAGGUAUGAAAUGAAAGUAGAUUGGAACAAAAUGGCACAAAAUGAAGAAAAUCACUAUUAAAGGCUAGAAGAAGAUGAUGAGUUUACUCCCCAAAUUCUGAUCUGAUGGGAUCUGACACCUGACCCAAAGAACCCGGUUCUAGAGACAUGAAGACCUGCUCGGUGUUCAUAAUGGCUCAUCAGUGUGAAUGAAUAAUUCAGUGGUCGCUGGAUCAGAUUAGAGGAGAUGAGAUGAGUAGCUGGUUUACGUUUCAUUGAGCCGACCAGCGGUUGGACUCUUCUCCAU